CCCGUGCCUAAACAGUAGACAGACUCAACCACAAUAGGUCACAUUUCAGCAUAUCAUCAUCAUGGCGGACGCUCAAUUCGAUAGUGCGCUGGACCUGCUCCGGCGCCUCAACCCCCGCGACACGAAGCAAAACCUCCAGGCAAUCACCUCCAUCGUCCCUGAUCUGACCGAAGACCUGCUCUCCUCUGUCGACCAGCCUCUAGAAAUCCGCAAAUGCCCCAAGACAGACCGCGACUACCUCCUCUGUGACUACAACCGCGACGGAGAUAGCUAUCGGUCGCCCUGGAGCAAUGAAUUCGAUCCCCCGUUGGAAGACGGAACUGUUCCCAGUGAGAGAGUGAGAAAGCUUGAGGUCGCCGCCAACGAGGCUUUCGAUGUCUACCGGGAGCUGUACUACGAGGGUGGAGUAGGCAGCGUGUACUUUUGGGACUUGGACGAUGGAUUCGCUGGCGUUAUCCUGUUGAAGAAGGGAGUUACGCCAGGUGCUAAGAGCUCUGGGGAGUGGGACAGUAUCCACGUCUUCGAGGCUACCGACAGAGCGCGCAUGUCCCACUACAAGCUGACUAGCACCGUCAUCCUGCACUUGGCUAAUGAAACUGAGGCUUUGGGUGAGAUGGACCUGAGUGGUAACAUGACCCGUCAGGUGGAGGUGGAUCUUCCUGUCGAGUCGGAUGCGAGCCACGUCGCCAAUGUUGGUCGACUUGUUGAGGACAUGGAGUUGAAGAUGAGAAACUUGCUGCAGGAGGUAUACUUCGGCAAGGCUAAGGAUGUCGUGGGUGAACUUCGGAGUCUCCCCUCCUUGUCCGAGUCGAACAGAGAUCGGGCUACCCACCUGGAGAUGAUCCGGUCUAUGCACAGCUAGUCGUCUGUUUGUCAGUUAAGGAAGCCAUUAUAGCGUCAUUUUAGAGGCUGUUAUUCAUUUACAUUUGUUGUAUGUACUUCGAGCUCAAGGUUCCUGGGGAUCCCAAUAUUACUCGUAUGCGAUGAACUGCAAGUGCUAUGCGAUCGUAUUUUGUAAAUACCGUACACUAUGUGAUGGCAUGGCUAGCCAUUACGACGAU